CCCGUCUCUCGUCCACUUGAAAUGGUUCGCUCUAUCAGCAAACCAGCGCCACCGUCCACCGGCACACUCCUUGUGCCCACACAAACGCCCGCUAGCUCGCCAGGUCCCUGAACCGACCAUCCAGCACUCGAGGAUGCCCAUCACCUCAGAUUCUAGGCUCGUCAUGCCUCACUCUCCAGCCUGCCCUCAACUUACCACACCACCACUUGUACCGAGUGCCUCGCUGCUGUUCUUACUACUACUCCUCAUCAUUUCGCAGCGACCUUGUGAAAGCUUCUCACGAAUCCGCAUACCCAAGAUAUCGACUUGACUCCCACGCGACCCAAGAGACGGCGCAAGAUCUUCCAGUUUUGCAGGUCACCCGUGUUGGACUGUGCACGACUCACUCGCAGAUCGAUGGCUGCUUCCUUACAUAGUCAGGAGCUCAAACAUCUCCCCCCGAUUUCCUCGAGGCUAUGAAGCCGACGUCGCGAUAUUCCUCCAAUCGAACGCACACGAAAACGAAAUGGCGGAACACGAUAGAAUAGAGGCGCACAUGUACCAUUAUGAACCUCCCGACAUACAGUCGAGGCUGGACAUGAACCCGACCCUCAUAGUGUCGUGGUGGUGUACAUUGUUCUCUGUGACAAUAAUCCUAAUCAGAUUAUUUGGACGAUGGAUACGUACGGAAAGACUGUUUCGGGAAGACUGGAUCAUGUUGUGCAGUAUGAUCCCGCUCAUGAUCCGAAUGGCCUUUGUCCACGUUAUCUUGAUCUGGGGCACCAACAACACAAAGACACAAGGCUUGACCGAGACGCAGAUACACCAUCGCGAGGUCGGAAGUAGGUUGGUCCUUGCGGCGCGCAUAUCUUACGCGGCUUUCAUCUGGAUUGCCAAAUGGACGGUUCUGGAAUUCCUCAAACGUCUGAUCGGAAAGUCGUGGGCCAAAUCGUACGAAAUCGGCCUCCAAAUCAUCUACGCCUUCCUCAUUGUAACCUACAUUGGCGUCGUCAUCGGCACGCUCAGUGAAUGCCAACCCUUUGACCACUACUGGCAGGUCGUGCCAGACCCAGGCCCGAAAUGUCGGGAGGGUCUGAUCCAACUGAUUGUCAUGGGAGCUUGUGACAUGGUCACGGAUGUCGUGCUGAUUGUCUUCCCCAUCCCUUUGGUCUGGCAGUCCUCCAUGCGGUACACCAAGAAAAUAUCCUUGAUACUGCUCUUCCUUCUCUCCGUCAUCCUCAUCGCCAUCACAGCCUACCGAAUCCCCACGACCAUCUCACGCCGCUCCUCCCAGCAGUAUCGGUCACUCCUUGCGUCGCUCGAAAUUCUCGCCGCCGCUGGUGUCUCGAAUGCCAUUGCCAUUGGCAGUUUUAUCCGCGACAAGGGCGUCAAAAAGGCCAAGUUCCGCAUUCCUUCGGUCGAUGAAACGAGCUCCCUCGGCCGAAGCGUCAGUCGCACGGUCACUCGAACCCGCACACGCUCCAUCACUCAUCAUCAUUGGGGAUCGGACGAAGAUCUAGCACGCAGUGUUGGCGUAUCCUUGCCCGCUCCUCUCAGACACGGAAGUAAUAGAGAACCUCGUCUCGCCGAACCAGCGACACCGAGCAAUCACGACUCAACAAAAGACCUCGAGUCGGGACUUCAUCAUCGUCACAGCUCCACGUUCAAUUCAGACUGGAACUUUAACUCUGCGUCUCGCGGCCGGCGACGGAGCUCGAUGAACAGUAUGAGCAGUACGUCGACGGACAUCAAACUCCGUGACCUCAGAGCCCAACUACAUGAGCCCAUCAGUCCGCAUGCCGAACAGCCGGACACCCCGAGCAAGAUGGGAUUUUUUGACGUUGGUGGCCUGGUUGCAAACCCAGAGUCUCCGAGUUCUGUAUCCCGACAGGCUUCAAUCCAUGAAGCCCGCCGCCUUUCCCUCCCUAGCACCAGUUCCCGAUCCGGGUCCAAGGCGUUCUUGUCAGAUAUCGGGGGAUUGUUGUCUCGCCAUUCUCACAUUCGCGAGGAAGACGAAGUGUCUGGCACAACACCCUCACCUACACGCAGUAAAGGAAGGAGCCCAGGUCGCUCGCCGAUGCGUUUCGCCAUGGAUAGGAGAAUAUCAAAGAGCCACCGUCUAGCGUCGCAAAAAGAAGAGGAUGAAGAACCCAUUCGACCUGUACCGAGUGGACCCGAUGACUUGACGUUUGUGGACGUCGGUGGACUCCUCCGGUGACCAUGGUCUGCAGGCGUCGACGCGAAUAUGAAGAUGAAGAUGAAAAAGGAACAUAUAAGACGGGACAACUAGCAAACAGCAUAGCUAGAUGUGUGGUGGGGAUGUGAUUUAUGGAGUGGUCGCUUUUUAUUUUUAUUUUUGUGGCUUUUUAUACCAUCUAGCGUGGGCGCUUCUGGGAGGAAUUCUUCAUGAGGGUCAUUGACGUUGUAUUUUUGGGAGGGUUGGCUGGCUGGGAAUACAUCGUUUUUGAUUGCUUUGGCAAUGGCAAAACUUUGAAAGGGGGUUUUGUGAGAUUGGUUGAUUGGAACACGGGUUUUAUGAGGUACUGGUUAGGAGGACUGGUCAGGGACCCCGAUGAUGAAUCUUGAACAGAAGGGAAGAAAAGGUGCUUAUGACAUGAAUCUUUGGAGUGGUUGAUGUUUCUUGUGAACGAUUGGAACGAAAUGAGUAUGAAUUGUGUGUAUACGGGAGUAAGAUAGGGAGGUUUGACUCGGUGAGGUUGUCACGUAGUGGAUGAAUAUAUAUACCCUGUCUACCCACCUCUCUACCUUGUAUACCUAAUAGCUGCUGUAUUGAAAUAG